GGCGGACAAUGGCGACAAGUGUGCGGUACUGUCUGCUGUCAGCGGACAUCGCCAGAACCGUCGCGUCGUAUCAAUGCGGAAUCUACCUCGACAUGCGCCCCCUCACGGCUUUGAGGAAGCCCUUGAUGACGUCGUACAACCUGGACAAAUCGUUUGCACCGUUGGUCCAACUGCUCCGCCCGUGGUUUCGAGAUCACCUCCGCAGCCGUAUCGACCUCCUCUUUGCCUGCACUCGUCAUACGAUGCGGUCCGUCGUCGUCAUGUACGCGAUCUACGAGGGUGAUGUGCCUCUGCUCGAGUACAUCCACUCGCACGUGUUCAGCCUCCUCAACUGCGGCGAAUUCCUUGUCGAUCUGGCAGCGUGGGCUGGUCACGUCUCUGUGGUUGAGUUCCUCCUGGAUAUUCAGCACCCCGGCUACACCUUCCACGCUUCGUUCUUGGCUUGCCGCGGGGGCCAUCUCGACGUCGUUCGCUAUCUCGACGAAUCGAAUCUUCCCUUCACUCGCCAGUGCUUGGACGUUGCGGCCGGGCAAGGGCAUUUGGACGUCGUGCGGUUUUUGCAUUCGAACCGAGCGGAAGGAUGCUCGACCAACGCGAUGGAUCAAGCAGCGGCAAACGGCCAUUUCGACGUGGUGCAGUUCCUGCAUGCUCAGCGCCGCGAAGGCUGCACGGAGUUCGCAAUGGACGAUGCGGCAGCGAAUGGCCACUUUGAAAUUGUGCAGUUCCUGCACUCGGAGAGAAAGGAAGGGUGCACGGAUAGAGCUCAGUGUGGAGCGGCCGAGGGCGGCCACCUGGACAUUCUGUGCUUCUUGCAUACGCAUAGAACUGAAGGGUGCGCACCCUACGCCUUGGAUGACGCCGCCUCCCAUGGGCAUUUGGACGUCGUCGAGUGGCUAUAUGGCGCAUACCACAUGGCGAUAACUACGACUGCGAUCGAGGCGGCGGCUAGUCAUGGGCACUUCGACAUCGUGAAGUUCUUGGUGAACCACAUGGAGACCGACGUAGUGACUGACGACGCAUUGUUGAGUUCCGUGAUGACGCCGCCAAUCUUCAAGCUCUUGUUCCGUGCCAAAUACAAGCAAUUGUACUACGUGAUGCCACCGUCGGUCAUGGAGGCCAUCGUGCGCGCGAACCAGUUGGAGUUGGUCCGAUUCGUCCACGAAGAAAAAUCGAGAAGACUGCAUUGCUUUACCAAACGCACGCUGGAUGUGGCCCUCGAGUGUGGGCACUGGAAUAUAGCAAUGUUCCUCCAUGCGCAUCGCCGCGAAGGGUGCACAACAGCGGCCAUGGACGCCGCUGCGGCCAAGGGGCACCUAUCCAUCGUCGAAUUUCUCCACCACAAUCGUACAGAAGGCUGCACGACCCGCGCGAUGGACAUGGCAGCCACCCAUGGCCACAUCGACAUCGUGAGGUUUCUCCAUCACCAUCGCACGGAAGGCGCCACGGUACUCGCUAUAGAUGGCGCCGCGGCCAAUGGACAUUUCGAAAUUGUGAAAUUCUUGCUCAUCCACCGACAGGAAGGGGCGACAGAGCAAGCGAUGGCGGGUGCCGUGUCGAACGGGUAUUUGAAUAUCGUCAAGUUUUUGCAUGUGCACCAGGCGAAGGCAUGCACGUCAUCAGCGUUUGCGUUGGCAGCCGCGCGGGGACAUUUGGAAGUUGUUAAAUUUCUCACGCUUCACCACGACCACCUCCGCACGUCCACGGCGAUGGACGAGGCCGCCGAACAUGGCCAUUUAGACGUUGUCCAGUUUCUGCACACCCAACGUGACGCCCGAUGCAGUUCCCAGGCCAAGUUCUGCGCGGCCAUCAAUGGGCACAUGGACAUCGUCACGUUCUUCCUCCGGGAAUGUACGCAUUGGAACUCAUCGUACGGCGUCAUUCGAGCGAUGGAAGGGGCGGCCGCAAACGGCCACUUACACGUCGUCGAGUGGUUUGUCCGGCACCUCGGGCAGUGCUCUAGCAUGACGUGGGACAAGGCAGCUGAGGCCGGCCAUCUCAACAUCCUCGUCAUGCUCGAAACCCACCGUCUCGGCAUGUCCUACAACCCCCAUUAUGCGGCGCAGUCGCGGGACCUGGAUGUAAUCCGGUGGAUCGAUGACAAGAAGACAGAGCAAAGCAACAACAUUGGAUUCGAACGAAAGUACUGGCUCACGGAUACACUCCACAUAGCGUUCAAACAUGGCGAGUUGGACAUGGCCAAGUGGGCCCUCGUGCACUUUGGAGAUGCCGACCUUGUUGUCCCUCACGAGUGGCUGCUGUACGCUGAUGAAGUCCCAGUCCUGCGGGACUACUGGCGGUUGCGCCAAGAAGUCACGGGCGGCGACGCCAUUCCCGACGUUGCAAACGGCGACGUCGAUUUGGAGCAUCUCCAUGGUUUUGAGCCGGAUGACGCCGUCGAGGAAGAGCAAAGUAUGUGGGGAGAAGAAGCCCAUGGAAUUGAGGAGGCAGACAUGGACGUGGACUUGGGUGAAGAGCGAAGCAUGUGGAUAGAAAUGUAGCAACUCUUUUCACACACGUGAGCCCU